AUGGGCAAUUUCCCUGAGGUCAAGCCCUGGGUGACCUGUGACCGUUGGCCACCCCCUCAGUUGCAGUCUCUCUCCCCACCACCAUGCGGGUGGCAGUCCCCGAGAAGCCAGAGGGAUGCUCCAGUCCCCGACCCAUGCUGCUGCUGCUCUCACCUGGCUCCUCUCCUACUCCUUGCAGUUGUGAUCCGGUACACGGUGCUGCUCAUCACGCUGCUGAGCACAUGGUUCAUCGUGCAGACAUUCUUCGAUCGGAGCUGGAAAGCCAUCAGCCCGCGAAGCUGGCUCGGUGCCAUCAACAAGCCCAGCAGCAAGCAGCUGCCCCAGCACAAGUGCGGGAACAAGAGCUGCCCCAAGGACCAUUUUGCCUUCAAGAUCACCAGCGGCGCCGCAAACGUGGUGGGACCCUCCAUCUGCUUCGACGACAUGGUCCUCAUGAGCAGCAUGAAAAACAACAUUGGCAGAGGUCUGAACAUCGCUCUAGUGAAUGGAACAAGCGGGCAGCUCCUGAAAACUGACUCAUUUGACAUGUACUCUGGAGACAUUAACAAACUGGAUACCUUCCUCCAAGAGAUCAAGUAUGGCACCAUCGUGCUGACAGCCAGCUAUGAUGACCCUGCCACAAAGAUGAAUGACAAAGUACGGACACAAUUUAUGGAGCUGGGCAGCAGCCACGUGAGCAAGCUGGGCUUCCGGGACAACUGGGUCUUCUUGGGAGCGAAAGGUCUGAAUAACAAGAGCCCCUUUGAAGAGCACAUCAAAAAUGAUGAGAAGAAAAAUAAAUACGAUGGCUGGCCUGAGAUGCUGGAGAUGGAGGGCUGUGCCCCGAGAAAGAUGGAUUAG